GAGAACUGGAUAAACAAAGAGCACAUUAACUCUUGACGUUCCUUAUGACACAGUCUUGCGUCUUGCGCGGCUGGAUGUAGCCCGCCGGCGCUAAUUCUCUGGGUGUGUUCAAGCGACUCGGCGAGAUGUAAGCCUGUCACAGAAAACACAUAUUUGUAUUUGUAUUUGUACCAGGUCGCACGACAUUUGAAAGAAAUGAAGUUCCCUUUGCUGAUUUCGUCCCUCUUUGUCCUCUCCGUAAUUCCAAGGAUGGAUUCUAAGCCUGGGAAGUUGGUACCACUCAAUGAAGAGGGAAGUGUCUUGGCACAGGAUGAGUUUUGGUCUCCUCGUCCAUUAGGCAAACGUAGUGCCAACAUCAACUACAACACUGUGGACGACCAAGAUGAGUUAAGUCUUCUCAUAAGCAAACGCAGUGCCGACAUCAACUUCAACACCGGCGACGACUACGAUAAGGGUACUCCCACAGGGAAACGCAGUGCCGGUAUCAUCUUCAACACCGACGACGACUACGAUAGGACUCCUCCCGGAGUGAGCCAACUGAAACGCGGUGCCGGUAUCAACUUCAACACUGGUGACGAGUACGAUAGGGUUCCUCCACCCCAAGGGAAACGCAGUGCCGGUAUCAACUUUAAAACUGUGGAAGACUAAGAUUAGUUUUGGUCUCUUGUGCAGCUGGCGAGCGAAAGUAGGACGAUUUUACUAAAGAUUUGAACGAUUACCACACCAUCUCAAAGCGGGAGGAUUGUAUACUACUAUAGGGCAAAGUCAAGUUUUUAUAGGAUAGUUUUUACGUUUCUGGUGACCGCCGAAAGAAACACAAAAAUUUGCAUAUCUGCUUAGUUAAACCAUGCAUACCCCGAAGACGAUGGAUUCCUUAACUUUUUUUUUCUUACAUACAUUUAUCCAAAGGACUGUUAUACCAAAAAAAAAAAAAUAAAUAAAUCGACUGUUCGAGAAUGUCCA